CUUUGUUUCGAUGCAUUAAUGAACAAAAACAGAAGUCGGUCAAUAUUUUCAUAUCGGGACCUCACGCCUGGUCAAAAACAAAUAUCUUUUUGUCUCGACAAAAUAAAGUAGUGUGUAUUGUAUAUUGAACGCGGUCACAUCUUUUUGAGUCCCAUCCAGUCAAACAAUUCUGCGAUGAGGAAGUUUACUUGCGGUGUGCGUUAUUGCAGAAGAACGAAUAUCUUUGCGAUUUCCGUGUGUUUUGCCACAGGGCUUUUUUUAUUUCUGCUCUUUCAACUUUCCGCGGUUUUACAAGCGACUCCUCGUGAAGGAGUCGGCAGCCUUCAGACACGUUCCUGGCAUGACCUAGAAACGUUGACUAGACAUGAAGGUAGCGAUCAUGGUCAAUUGGUCGAGAGUCCUAGCAGAGAUCUCGAAGAACGCACAACAGUGAAAUUAAACCAGGUUAAAACUGGUAGCUCGCUUCUAACUAGCCUAAGAGAAAUGACAAGAAGAGAGGGAUCCUCGUGUACAGAAACACAGGAAGAGUCAAGAUUUCGUGAAGUUGAAAAAGGGACGCUUGUGUAUUCGGCCUGGUUUGAUGAUCGACAAACUCAGUCUUUCAUUCGGGUUCUGUUGUUGACUUCAACAAGACAUCCUCCGCCGCUGUUUUGCCACUUCGAAAGUGCGGCAAAACAAAAGACAGCAGUGAGUAGCGCUUCCUUUUAUCAACACAACGAGAAUCAUUACAUGCACUUUGGAGGCUAUAUAGCUUCUUGUAUUCUUCCGCCAACACUCGACAGUACACCCUGUUUUAUAAACAUCUCCACAAGAUCGACUUCUACGGCUCAAAACGAAAGCUCUGACUCGGUUGUGUUGCCUGUGGGCUUUAUCGACCAUCAACACAGUGCCGAGAAAGUCAGGCGCAAGCAAUACGGAAUUUGUAUUCCUCCGUUGCAUGGUGAAAUAUUGGUCGACAGGUUGAUCGAGUUUUUGGAACUCUCGCAAAUUUUGGGAGCUUCGCUUUUCACUUUUUAUGAGUUUGCAGUGUCUGAGGAAGUACGUGAGUUAUUGAAUUAUUACGAAGAUAAGGGGUUAGCGCGCAUUUUUUCGUGGAAUUUACCCUCUUAUAUCGGCAAGUAUGAUAUCCACUAUUUUGGGCAGACUCUGUCUAUUAUGGACUGCUUGUUUCGAUCUAUGAGUCAACUUGAUUUUGUAGCGUUCAAUGAUUUAGAUGAGUUUAUCGUGCCCCUUGAACAAGACAACAUGAUCGCUUUGCUAGAGAAAAUCCAUCAAGAUGAGCAUUGCGGUCACUGCUUUCAGAGUGUCAUAUUUGACCCUGUAAGGGAAGAUUUGCAAAUCUCCCCACUAUUGACGCAACGGGUUUUCCAUCGCACAAAAGACGCCACUCCGUUUUGGACUAAAUGUGUUGUCAAUCCGCGUAGAAUAUUCGAGCAAGGCGUACAUCAUGUGAGCAAACCGAUAGAAGAUUAUUACAUUGUAAAUGAAGUGAAUUGGAGAACAGCGCGGGUUUUUCAUUACAGAAAAUGCGACGAUUCGUAUGCUUUAAUGGCGCCAGAAUGUUCUGGCGUCGAGGAAGACAAAACUAUGCAAAAAUAUGGAGAACAGCUAAAGCGUAAUUUUGAAAUAACUGAGGCAGAACUUGAUAAUUUUUCUACAAGUUAAUAGACCACUCUUUUAAUUUAGUUGACUCAAUACUGAUACAAAAAGACAUACUAAAAGACCUGGAAAUUGUGGGACACGGCGUGAUUCUGAAAGGUAUAUUGUGUUUCUUCCAAUGCUAUACGAGGUCUAUAAAACACUUAGGGAUUUUUAAAACCGUCGAGCGCACGCUGUUAACUUUACCACAAGACAGUCAAAACGGUAAAUGUUUUGUAUGGAAAGCAUUAAGCCAGAUCACCCAAAAACAACUUGGAUUUUCGCUGUAUAUUCAGUUCUCUUUUUCGACCAUAAUUUGUCGUAGUUAUUAUGCAGAAGAAGUUAUUCCACCCUGCAAUCGCCGUGAAAAAAAUCGCGGAGAAAUCACACAUCUAUUCACGACAAUUUUUUAUUUUUUUUUUUAUAUAUAUGUUUAAACUAGUAUUGACCGCGCAUGAAGUAGAUAAAAUAUUUAUGCAGACCCUUCAGGGAAAUCAUACUGGUUAUCAAAACUGGGUAUCAAAACAUUUGCGAAAACUAAUUACUUUCGAGUUACCACAACAGAGACUGUAAAUUAAGGGCUAAUAUUUAUACUGAAUGCAAUUGUAAGAUGUCCCUUCUCCGUUGCUUAUGUACUCAAUUGUUAGUCAGAUCAUAUUUAGGCAGGUGUGUUUCAAAGCGCCUUUUUAUUCUAUCAGAUUUUAGUACCGUCGUAAUCCUAAUAGGAAGGAACACCCUGCGGGCAAGCCACAAGAUUAUUCUGAAAAACUCACAACAAUUAUUUCCACCAAAA